AUGGUGCUAUACAAGCGUAAGCCUGUCCAAUACGUGCCAAACCCCGAUAUUGAUGACGAGUCCCAAGAAGUUUGGCAAAUUUCACAAACAGGGGAAGUCUUUGUUGAUUAUCAAGACUAUCUUGAUAGGCUAGAUUUCUAUAAGACGAAACAGUUUAGCUGUGAAAUUACCGGCCAUAUGAAUCUCAGUUUCUUCGAAGCGCUGAUAAGCGAAACUGUCAGCUCGCAAGAUGUCGACCAAACAUUUCCAGAGGCAUUAAAAGAUCCUGUACUGAGGAAGGUGCAAUUUUCCGUUGUUCCGAGAAUCGACUCUUUAGUGGAUCAGAUGCAUGACUCCUUCAAGAACGAUUUCUACCCCGGCGAGCACGUAACAGCAAUCCUAUCGAACGGAGAUAGAGUAGAGGCAUUAGUCCGCGAAAAGACGAUGUUUCCAGAGCUCCGCUAUGCGAGUGGCGAUAUUCAAAGAAAAGGCUUUUCACGUUACACAGUGAAAUUAAUCAACCGGAACGAUGAGGAAGCGCAGGUGGACAAUGAACAUCUUGUUAGGGACAAGAAGUCGUUUACUAAGGCUAUGCUACGCUCAUUCAUCAAAAACACAGUGUCUCGGGAGCCUUGGAACGGCGCGCCAUGGAUAGUUAAGGACGAAUUUGCAGUGAAGUAUAAAAUUCCUCAGGUUAUCCCACCAGAACUCCGGAAAGCGUCUUCAACAGAGAGAAAAGCAGCGCACGCUCGAAGGAAGCAAGGAUCAACUCAAGGGCUUGCUACAACCGCACUAGCUAGUGUUAGCUCUUCGCCUAUAACAACAACUCCGGUAGAUAUCAAACCAGCGCCGAAAUCCCACAAAAGCAAAAGCCAACAAGCUGCUAUGAAGAUGACAAAGUUGGGGCAGAACGGGGAGGUUGGAAGCGGAUCUAUUAGUGUUGCUAGAUCCUCGUGGAGUGGCAGUCCAGUUGGAACUCCCGAUGUUGGUGGAACCAAGAUCAGUCUUAAAACUAUCAUCAAAGAGGAAACACCCCCGCCACCCCCGCCACCACCUAAGGCAAUCAAAUAUCCCAUCGAAGACCUGGACCUUCCUAUUCAAGAGGGUACUCACAGGCCCACGCUACAUUUCCUUUCAGCUGCAGGAAUGCCUGGAAAGCUGGAACCUAAUGAGACUGGGGUUAAUCGUAGAAUAUCAAGAUCAUCAACACGCAAUUCUUUAGUAGCCUCGGCGUCUCCGGCGCCCGUGGACAACGGGAUUGAUGAGGAGAAAGUUGGAUAUUAUCUCAGCACAUGGGUAUUCCUUAACAUUUAUUGCGAGCCGCUAGUACUCGACUCAUUCACCUUCGACGACUACAUACAGGCAUUGGAAUACAGUAGCGAUGAAAUGGAAUGCGAGCUGUUCGUCGAAAUUCAUUGUUCAUUGUUGAAAUCAAUUGUAAAUGAGCAGGGGGUAAUACAGGCACAGCUCCCGGAUUUCGACGAGGAUGAAGAUGAGGAAGACAACGAAGAUGAGGAAGGAAGCGAGGCUGGAUCAACGGGGCGAACGGCUCAGGUAAAUGGAGAAGGGGAAGGGGAAGGAGGCAAUGAAGAAGGGAAGAUGGAAGUUGAGGGAAGUGAAAGCGGCCGGAAAUCAAGAGGAAGAUCUGAAGAGGGCAGGAAACAUCGAGCAGAUGAACUUUUUGAGCACAGCGACUCAUGGGUCCAGCGGCUCAAAGUAAGGGAUUUCAAGAAUGGUGGAUGGCAGUCCAUUAUUGUUGGGUUGCUUUAUCAACUCUCGAUGGAUACCAGAUACUCCAAGGAUUGUGAAGAAAUACUGGCGUAUCUCACCCCGGUAGACACAGAACCAACGCCAGAAACCGUGUCACAGCAGUAUCUAACUCUCAACCCGAACCUAAGGGUUAUGGUACUACAUUUAUUAUCGAGAUUGACGCACGAGACAAGAUCUGUUAGGGAUUACAUGGAAGAGUGCGCCGAAGAGAUGACCAAACACCGCAAGGAAAAAAUUGAGGAACAGAGAACUAGAAAGGCCUACCUUGAGGAGUUGAAAUUGCUUGAAGAUGAGAGGAAGGUUCUCCUACCAGACAACAGACCUAGGUCUCCUUCGCCUGUAUCUCGACAAGCCUCCACCGACGCAGAUGGGGAUUCCAAGAUGAUGGGGGCCGACGAUGACGAGGAUAUAGAGGACGAUGAGGAUGACGAAGGAGAUGACACUGAUCGUGGUCGAUCUCUUCGUCGUGGAAACGAGCGCGCCAACGCCCGAAAACGGAAGCGGGAGGAAGAAAAAGUGAAGGCAGACGCAGCAGCAAAAAUGCCAAAGACUUCAAAGCAAUUCCAGAAAGUUCUUAAAGCUAUCGAAACUAUCAAGGCGAAAAUCGUCAAACAAGAAGAGAAGAUUACCUCCUUCGACGAGGAUCUUCGACAGGCGGACUGCGCAAGGUUCAAGAUGAUGGGAAGGGAUCGAUUUUGGAAUAAGUACUGGUGGUUUGAGAGGAAUGGUAUGCCAUUUGGUGGGCUCCCUUCAUCCUCGACGGCCGAUUCCGGUUAUGCGAAUGCCAUGAUCUGGGUGCAAGGCCCUGAUCCAAGUGAGAGAGAAGGCUUUUUGGUUGAGGAGGCAGGGACAAAGAGGGCAUUGGAUGGAGAUGGAGAUGCACCGAUGAAUGGGACCACUGAUGGUAACAUGACUGUCCUUGAACGACAAACUCGCGAGGAAGGAUCUACGACACUCACGUCACCUACUCGUUAUGGAUAUAUCGAAACGGUUGAGGAAUUCGAGCAAUUGAUGUCCUGGCUGGAUAUCAAAGGUGUACGAGAAAAGAAGCUGAAAAUCUCUCUGGAGGAGUAUAGGAAGCACAUUGAACAGGGGAUGCGCAAUCGCCUGGGAUAUCUUUCCGGUGCUACUGAUACCGCGGACAAAGAAAACGGCAGAGCGGCUGCUAGGGUCAAGUCAAACUGUGAUCCUAAUGUCUGGAGAUGUCUGAGAUGGAGAAACAGCACCAUGGUCGAGGAUAGCGGCCAUACUCAUUUCGACCAACCCUUGCCAAGGAAAACAAAAAAGAAGGGGGCGCAGGACAAGGGAGUACCGUUAAAUAGGCAAGGGAAGCCGGUUAGCAGACAGGGCGAUCGAUACAAUUUUUAA